AGCGUCGUCGUCUCCCCAUCUUCCACCUCCCAUCCAUCCACGCUACACGAGCACCAUGGAUCCCGUCGUAGGCAACGAGUCUCCGCAGCCGCGCACGACCACGACCAUCUUCAACUCUUUUCUCGGUCGCGGACGGCCGAGGAACCACUCCCAGUCCCACAACGCCGCCGCCGACCUAGGAUUGACGCUGAACACGAACACCAUCAACAACGCCGCCCGAGAACUCAGCCCGUCACCUCCCUCGCCGAUCCCGACAUCCGCGGUGACCCAGCGCCGCCGGGGACCACCCACAAUGGGCGUCAGCGUGAGCCCCAGCACGACGCAAGCGGGCCUCCACCUAGGACACAUGCUCCGUCGAAGGCGGAGCGCCAGCAACGUCCAGCCGCAGCCACCAGCCCAAGUGCAGACGCCGGGACAGGGAGGCCCUCCUGCCGUGCCGCCCGCUGCGUCGCAGGCCCAAGCACGCACGGCGCCCAUCCCAUCUGCCACCUUAUCCUCCCCGCAUCCCGCCACAGGUGCUUCGGCCGCUGCUGCCGCCGGGUCACCCUCGGGUACAGGACAUCGGCUUCGUCUCGUCCCGCACAUCGACUCGAGGCGCUCGCUGCGGUUCGAUCCCAUCACGCGGGAGCUGCGCGGGUCCGAUCCCGCUUUGCGGAUUGGGCGGUUCACAGAUCGGUCGGGGAUAGGUAUCGCUGCGGUAAAUGCGCUGAGCACGAACAAGAUUGCGUUCAAGAGCAAAGUCGUGAGCCGUGCGCAUGCUGAAGUCUGGGUCGAAGAGGGGCAGGAGAGCGGGCCAAAGUUCUUUAUACGUGAUACGAAGAGCAGCAGUGGCACUUUCUUGAACCAUGUUAGGCUCAGCCCUGCGAACACGGACAGCCGGCCACACCAGAUCAAGGACGGCGACAUUCUCCAACUUGGCGUCGACUAUCAAGGCGGCGCUGAGGAUAUUUACAAGAGCGUCAAGAUCCGUAUCGAAGUUGGGCGCGAAUGGCAAACCCAGGCCAACGCCUUCAACACUGCAGCCUUGAAGAAUCUCCGCUCGUUGGGAGUGACCAGCGAUACGGAGGCAAGCAGCAAAGCUGCCACGUCUGGCAAGAGCGGGCCACCCCCAGUUGCCAGCGGGAUACCCGACUGCUGCAUCUGUCUCUUCCCUGUGCGGCUUCAUCAGGCUGUUUUCCUGGCGCCGUGCUCGCACGCGUUUCAUUACAAAUGUAUGCGCCCGAUGCUGGACUCGCACCAUCCCGCUUUCAAUUGCCCGCUGUGCCGUACUUUCGCUGACCUGAACGAGGAAGUGGAGAUCGAUAACGAGGAAGAGGAUGAGGAAUUCGAAGACCCCGGGUCUUUCCCGGCUGAAGCUGCAAAGGACACUGUUACCGAGACCUCAAACCCGCUUACUUCGCUUGCGGCCCAAGCGACGCUGCACCCGGGCAUCGUGCACACCACUCUCGGACAGAUUGGCGAGAUGGGGGAGCUUGUCGGUGAUGCGGAAGGUGUGCUGGCUGACGACCUCGAAGAAGCCGAGGAGGGGGACGAAGUCGAGGAGAUGUUCACUGGGCGCUCGCGGAUGAUGGCGGGAGCGGGUGCGGGCGCGGAGACCGAAGUCGAGGAGGAGGGUCCUUCAGCAGGGAGACGGCUCUCGAUGCACGUGGUGGCGGACGAGGAGGCGUCCCGGGCAGGACGUUCGGCGUCGGCGAUGGACGUCGAUCAUGACGGGGACUCGACCGGCGAAGGCUCGGCCUCUGGGUUCGGAGAGGGCGGGGUUGUGCAGGUUGCGAUGGGCAUGGGCAGCAAGCGGAAGCGGUAGAUAUGCGUGGGGAUAGAGAGCAGCAGCCGUUUGCGGGCUGCGAGAACUUGGAUUCAUGGGAUUGUUUACUUUACGACGGCGGACAUGUAUCUCUGUGAUGCGGGCGCCGAUAUUUUGCUUAAUGUCGCUUUCUUUAUUCUGUAUCACGGUCCUCAGUGAGAGAGAUGUCAUGGAGCUACACGCAGCACUCUCGAGCUUACCAUGUGUAGCAUGCGAAACACCCGAGCAUAGUCUGUAAAAAGCUGCAGGCAG